AUCUCAUGAGCCCCUCUGGAAGGGGCUGCCAGGGGGGAGAGGCGCCACUUCCCAUGAUGCCCUGGGGCGAUGGAGUGGGGCUUGCCCUCCUCAGGGUGCCCGGGGGCGAUGGAGUAGGGAUGCUCCCCAAUAAUUCUUUGUGGGCCGUUGCACUGGGGGUUGCCCACCCUCCAGGAUAGAGUAGGGCUGUCUGCUCCCCGACCCGUAAUGCAGCGGGGCUGUGGAUUGUACAUUCCCAACAAUGCACUGGGGUGCGGAGUGGGGCUGAUUGCCCACUCCCCGCAGCCCCCACAGUGCAUCAGGGCAGUGAGCCAGGGGCUGCCUGCUCCUCAUAGCGUGCUGGGUUGAUCGAUCAGGGCUGCCCAGGCAGGAUGAACCAGAGUGGAGGGUUCACUGUGCCCCUUCUCCCUCCACUGAUGUGCUGGGCUACCUGCAUUUCCCCAGCGUGAUGGGAUGGUGCUUCUCCUUGACAGAAUACACUGAUGUUGGUGUGCUCCUUGUGCGACCAGAGGGUCAGGAACUUCAGACGCUUUCAGAUAUGUGGAAAUGGUCAAGAGACUUAUUCCAGGGAAAGGACAUACCCCAGAACUGGUUCUGGGAUAUCUGGGGUUAAAUUUGUUUGUACAAUGCAUUCCCAACAUUCUCCCUUCUAGAGUCGCUUUUCUUGACAUUUCCUUCACACGACUCCAUCCCAAUUUAAAAUAUGUCAACUAUGCUGAGGUCUGCAUGUGUCCUAUUUUGAAGUCUGGCUCCAUGACUACACUUUGCUUCACUGUGAACUUAAUCUUUUCCUGUACUUUACAUUGUAGAGGUGCAUAUAUCUACUGCUCUUAAUAUUAAAGCAAUAGUUGAUUAUAAACCCUUCAGACUGACCUCUUGGCAUCUUAUUACUGUUUUAGAUUUGCUUCUACUGCUCAUUUUACAAUGGUUUAUUGCUCAGCUUUGAACUGUCAAAAUGCUACGAGUGGGGUAUAUAAGAACAGUACAGUUACUUUCUAUGGCUUUCCUUUACAUAACAAACCUCUCUUGAAGCAGUGGAUUCACAACAUGGGUCGGGAAAUGGGAACUCCAUCAAAACAUCAGCGACUAUGUUCUAAACAUUUUGAGGACAGUUCUUUUGAAAUUGAUCCUCUAAAAAUUAGGAAAAACCGGCGCCUACUGAAAGAAGCAGUUCCCCAAAAAUUCAUUUUGGGUGAAGAUGGAAACUGGCUUGUUGGAACACCUCAAAGUUUCUGUGGUGGAAUAAGUAAUAAAACUCGAAAACGAAUCAGGAAUCCUGAACAUUUGAAGGUCCCAGGGACAUUUGAUAAUGUUGCAGCUCCUGAAAGGAAGAAUUUAGAAGAGUGGCAAAAGGAGCUUUACAAAAAAGUGAUAAAAGAUAAUUAUGAAUCUUUAAUCUCACUGGGUAAAGUCUCCAAACAUGAUAUUCAGUCACGAGAAGAGCUAUGUGUCAAGGCUCAGCGGGGCUUGGAUGAAAGAGAAAUGUCUAUGAGUCCUAGCAUAGUGGAUGAUGGGAUUGUGAUCAAAACUGAAGUGCAGGAUAAUGAGGAAGCUCCAGAAAAUAUGGAACUGCAUGGAUCGUUUUCAGAAAGAUCAGAAGACCUGGUUUUCCAAACUCCUGACAAGGGAAUAACUUGUGAGAGUCAUUGGAGCAUAGAAACACAGCCAAGUAAUCUUCCUGGAAGCAGAAUGGGUAACUCUACUCUUGGGAAAGGAGAUUCCAAUAAAUUCAAAGGUAUCCUUUUCUACCAGGAGACACCCACAGGAGAGAGACUAUACCUAUGUACAGAAUGUAAGAAAACCUUUAAGUUGAAGAUAGGUCUUUUAAAACACAAGCGAAUUCAUGUAAAAAAGAGUCCGGUAUCAUCAUACAUAUGUACAGACUGUGGAAAAAACUUUGGUCGCCAUGCAGAUCUUAUUAGACAUCAGAGAACUCACACAGGCGAGAGACCCUAUAAAUGUACAGAAUGCGAGAAAAGCUUUACUGAGAAACCAAGACUUACUAAUCACCUACGAACUCACAACAUCUGCCUGUAACCACUGUGGCAAAGGCUUUAUGGGAACUGAUUUUCCACUCAGUCAUCAACAAAUCCAUCAGAGAAUAUGGACCAUACACAUGCACCAACUGUAGGAAAAGCUUUUGUGUAAGAAGACAUUUUAUAACAUUGAAAUGAACUCAAGCAUGAGAUGGAUCUGUCAUUGUAGCUCAUCUGUUUAAGCCUUGAGAAGCAACUGAAUUUAUUAGCUAUCAAAAUGAUUCAUGCAAGGGGGGAGAACAGACGUAUAAAAGUGUAUUGACUAUACCAAAAAUGUCAUUAAAAAAAACAUUUUCUAAAAUACCAACUAACCUAUACUAGAGAGAGACUGUAUUAUUGCAGAAAAUGUGGGAGAAGUUUGACAUGAGGAACCUUUGACCACAUCACCAGAGAAUUUAUGGAACAGAGCAAGAUAAUUUUAGAUAGAAAUUAGAGCUUCAACGAGCCUUAGAUCAGUUUAAGAGGUUGGGCUUCUUGAUGUUAAAAAUAGGAAAUAAAUGGUAAAGUCCAUUAAGCGCAGUCAAAUGACAGUGGUGUCAGCAGUGAAAGAACCAAGGCAUGUUAGUAGGCCGAAGACAAAAUGUAGUUCAAACUUCCACAAUUUAGAGUAAUUUACAGCACAUGAGAUGCAGGCUUCAUUUCUGAGCUCCUGGAAGAGAAAACAGAAACGGAUAAUGUUCUCCUUUCUGUCGCUUCUGUGCAACAUGAAUGAUGGGAGGCAAAAUUUAUGUGGGAUUAUUCUUCUCUCUAAACCAAAAGCAGCACUGGCUCCAAUUUCAGAGAAAGCGUCAACAGAUGGAGAUAGGGGAAAAAAAACAGUGGAGUCAUCUGCUUAAAAACAUAAUCAAACACAGGUCAGAAAAUCUUACCAGACCUGUGCAUCUUGUUAAACGCCUUGCUUAAAGGUGGCCUGCAAAGAAUUAAAAAACACCUGUUUUUGUGCCCUUUUUGUUUUAAAACCUUAUGAUGUGGACUUUCUUGCCUCGAGGGGGCGGGAGCAGGGAAGGGGGUGUUAAAAUAAAUCCUCCAAAUUCUAUAGGGUGUUGAUUUUACCAUUGCCCAAUUGUGCCUAUAUUAUGAGCAGUUAGGGAGAACUAAAGAGAGGGGAAAAGAGUAAAAUUUUGUAUUGUAUGAUCAGCUGUUACAGUGAAGAGUGCUACAUUGUAGUAUACAUAAUAACAUUUGUUUCCAUGAAUGAUGCCUGGUAACUAGGGUAGCAAGGUGCCUGGUUUUCGACUAGAAAAUCCAGUCAAAAGGGGACCUGACAGUGUCCGGUCCAAUCUAUGGACCGGACAACCAAAGUCCCGUCACUGAGGGCGGGGAGGUGUGUGGUCACUAAUCUGUGCCAGCUCCUACUCAGCUGGGGCCUCCUCCUACCUGCGUUGAGUGGCUGCAGCUCCCAGCCCUGGCUUUGUAGGCGUGUCCCUCCUGACCGGGGCAGAGAGGCAGAAAGGGGAAAAGCAGCAAGUGACUGGGGAGGAGGGAAGAGAAGCGAAUGGGAGUGGGGCCUUGGGGGAAGAGAUGGGGCAGGGGACGGGUCUUGGGGGCAGGGGUGGGCUUGGAGAGCUAGGGCAGGUUGGUUCUAGCUGGAAUGUCCAAUUUUUAAAUACAAAGUUGGCAACCCUACUGGUAACUGAACUAAUGGGGAGAUUCACCAAGAUUUUUAUUAUUCUAAUUGCUCUUAGUCUUAUUUUUCCUCUAUUAAAUGUUUGUAUUAUUACCUAGCAGGUAAGCAGUUAAAAUAAUUAAUUUUGCAAGAAGCACAUUCAAUAGAGCAAAAGGUGAUCCAUGGACUGCUUGGCGGUGGGUAUGCAGACAGCUGUCUGCUCUCAUGUUGCUGACUUCUCCUUACAACUGCUAAAUCACAUGAGAGACAACUAAACCUACAUUAAAUACUUUUCAAUUAUUAUUUUCCCAUGUAAGCAUUUGAAAUGUUUUUAUUGAUUUACACUUUCACUGAGUUUUAAGCUUUUUUGUUUGUUUGUUUGAAUUUUCACAGUUAUAGGAAAUUGUGGAGGAUCAGACAAUUAUUUAAAGAUGAUAGACAUUGAGAUGCAAAAAGUUAAAGCUUUAUAAACCAUUAAAACACAAACUUUCAACAUCACAUGUCAAAAUAGCCUUAAAUCAACAAAUUCUACCUGUUUUAAUUAUUCAUUCUCUGUUCCAUUUGUACCAAGCCUUAUCCAGAAGUCUGAAUCACUGGAUUUGACUUUAAUAAGUUCUCAAUCGGCAUUUUUCUUACCUUGCCUAUCUGUAAACAGCAGUUAUUAUUGAUGGAAAUAUUUUUUGUUGAGUUGUGCUUAUGCGUGGUGAAAUUGACAUUUUCUGACUUUUACUGAUAAAAAUCUAAUCCUUCCAAGCCUAGUCAGAUAGCACUUUAUAUGUUCAAAUGCUGUACAAAUGGUAAUCAAAUAAAACGUUAAGCAGAAAACAUUGAACACUGAAGAGGCUUGGCAAUAAAAUUAGAUUCUCCCACAGAAUAGAAAAAAAUUAGAUUCUCCCACAGAAAGCUGUUUGGCCAUAGGGGUGAGCUCCUAUAGAAUCCAAUGGGAAUUAAUAGCUAGAGGAGUCAUGAGUUUGGGAGGGGUAUAGAAAUGGAGCAUUCUGUAUUUUUUGACCAACAGCUCAAAAUCUUGGGAGACCAAGAAGCAGACCCCUUUUUUGUUGAAAUGGAUUGUUUUUCCUUAGUUGGAAAUGACACCAGUAAAAGAGCCUGGAAUCGUGAGUCUUUGUAUCUGUCCCUUUGUGAAAAUUGCACAUGUAUGUAGGCAGCAGAAGCACCAUGAUAGGGUGUGUAAAUGACACAAUAUAUGCUUUUCCCCAUCUGGGACUGAGCACAUUUGCAAAAAGAGAACUACUCCCCUUCUUAAGAGUCUUCUGCUAAGUGUUUCUCUGAAUUAACAUUAUUCUAUCCUGCUAAAAAACAGUCAUUUGGAGCUAAUGAAGAUAAGUUUCAUGUUUUGUUUCCAAAGAUAUAGGGCUUGUUCCUGAUUCCCUUGAAGUCAAUGGGAAUCUUGCCAUUGGCUUAAAUGGGAGCAAGAUUGGACCCAUAGUGGAUAAGCGAAUAGUUUGUAUGUGAAUUUAACACCCCCCCCAGCAAUUAAUGUUAUUCUAUGUAAAUGAACAGGUAUUUUUCAUGCGAGGUUAGGCAUCUGUACUACUACUGUUAUUUCUGAAGGUAUCUUUUCUGAGUUCAGUUAACAUCUUAUUUAAAUGUUUGUGCCUUGAAUCUCUGCUAAAAGAAACUCUAUUCUCUCAACACAGAUCCUGAAAACAUACUUUAGAUUCAUGCCUACCACUAAUAAAAUAUGAAACAUUGUUGCUAGUGGAAUGACUACUUGAACGGGACUAUUCCAAUCCCCUUUUUACCCAAUGAGAGGACUGUUGCAGAGCCAUUUACUGUGUUUCCAGACAGAAUGAAUAUACAUACAACCCAUAAACAUGAUGUUUUCAUGUAGAUACUUGUAUUUUCAAUGCUUCAUUUUAUGGUGUCCUGUUAUGUUGCAACAAUCUGACACGUACCAUAUUUGAAGCUAGUUUGCUGUUAAGAUUCAAUAAAGUUUUUUUUUUAAGUGAUUGCUGUCAAAUGACAAAUUACAGCAUGAGCAACACAUCCGAGAGCACAACCCAAUAAGCAAUUGUCCUAGUCCAAGGGGAUGUUUUAGAAUAAAUGAUAGUAGAUCUGAACUCUCAAAGAAGUGCAGGAAAGAUGCCAAAUAUAGUAACUUUUAUCCAGCAUUUGUUAAAUGAUUGCCCCAAAGUGUGUAAAUGGGGAGGGGAGAGAAGUGACAUUACAGGCACACAGUAAAUGUUAUUUACUAUUUGUAGUGCCUAGGAGCUCUAGUCAUGGACUAGGACCCCCUUGUGCUAUGGUCAUAUUAUGUCUUUACGUAUAUAGGGGCCACAAAAUUCUAUGAAUUUCCUCAAUUGCCAGAGUUGCCCUGAGAAUGUAAAAUAAGCCUUGGGCCAUAGCAUAUUAUUUUGCCAGGAAUUGUAGUGAAGCAGACAGUAGAAUAAAACAUAUGUUGCCUUCAGAGUCUUGUCUUCUGCUGAGCAGCCAGAUUAAGGUCAAAAUGCCGUGUAAGGAUUUUCUGCACUUUGUAUUUUAAUGGGUUUGAAUUGUCUUGCUGACAUAAAUAAGCUUUCUCUGUCACA